AUGACCGAGCUGAUGGUUGAGAUGGACAGAGCUCAGAGCAGAGACCAGACCUCUGGUCAGGCAUGGCAGAUGCCGGACAUCGCCAUGAUGCCUCAUUGCAAGUCUUGCAAGCAGCAAGGAUGCAUGCACUUUCGACGAGGGUUUACCCACUUGCUUGCCCUGAAUCAGGGAUGCCCUACUCCAACUUUGGGAACAGACAAGAGCAUCGACGAAUCAGCGCCCAGCCAUGAUAUUGACGUUUUGAUCCCGUCCUCCUGCCCCUGUCAUGGCUGCAACGAAACUAUUAUACGAGCCGACGUGAACAGGGGUAACGAGAAGAGCCUUACCUACAACUUUGUUCCCCGGACUAGCGAGUGGAAGGCGGAGCCCUCAAGGUAUCGCUACAAGAGAGACACGGAGCUCGUCAUAGGCUGCACGGGAAGGCAUCGCAUCAUUGAGUCCCCCAAGGCUGGUCGAUACGCUCAGCUCUGGUGCCGCACCUGCUGCAACUGUGAGGCUACGGGGAGGCCCAUAGGGAACCUUGUUGGAUGUGCCAACGCGGCUCACUGGCACACGGUAACGAACAGGAGCUACCACGAAAAGACCCCAUUCCAUCAGCUCGCCAACAACCUCCUGCAGUCCUCGUACAACGAGGCCCUCCAGUCCGGCAUGCCCUUCGAGAAGGCCAUCGGGCCCAUCGGCAUCGCCUACUAUCGUAACGGUAUAGACCAGCGAGGGAUCGAGACGUCAAAGACCAAGUACAUACCCGAGAAGCCCCUUCAGACUAGUCUGUUCAGUGCUGAAGCACUGGGUGGACACUCACACUUGUUCAGUGAUCACCUGGAGAACAGGAUCGGCAUGAAACGAGAUCGGGGGAUUUUCGAUGCAGAGAUUGCCAUGACGCCAAACGCAAUGCUCACUCCACCCCUCUACUACUUUGAUAACAAGACUUGUCAGUGGAAGAUCAACUCAGCGUCAGACUUGAGAAGACAGUUUGCUUACGAGAGUCCCUUCGGAGCUUCACGGAGCAGAUCGCAUCCUAUAAGGGGCUCCAGCAUGGCCAUCUCUGCCAUGCCGCAGAUGUCUGUAGCUGACCUCGGUUCUUCGAGCAUAAUGGCGUCUGGAUUCCCGUCCAAGGCUCUAGCUUCUCCCAUCCAACGUCCAUUCCCCGGCAGCAAUGCUGAGCUCUCCAUGCUCGGCGGCUCGUUCUCCCUCACUGAGGGUAUCGCCUCGUCUAUCAACGGGCUCAGUGGCAAAGGACAGAGCACAGCCCGUCAGGCCGAGUCUUGUCCAUUCCUGGAGGAGCCUAAGGGCAACCUAUGGGAUCUUCCAGACAUCUUAACCACGGGAGGAAGAGUUUCCGGGAGCUGCUUCUAG